CGCGAACUAGAAGAUACCGUAGUGGAGGGCGGCCACCAGUACCACAGUACCAAUUUCUUUAUGAAGCGAUCCGUUUCCGAUCAGUAUUCGGGUACGUUCAUCACCGUUUGAACGCCACAUUUCUGUGCUCUGCAAGGUUCCGAAACUACGAGACAAAUGGCGAAAGAAAAAAGCCCGAUCGCCGAAUGGUAUGGAGGCCGCAGCAUUUUCCUAACCGGAGGCAGCGGAUUCAUGGGCAAAGUGAUGUUGGAGAAGCUGCUAUACUCCUGCGAUCGACUGAAGACCGUCUACAUCCUGCUGAGGGAGAAACGCGGCCGAACACCUCAACAAAGAGUGGAGGACAUGUGGAAGCUCCCAAUGUUUGAGCGCCUUCGCCAAAAAGACCCCGAUGCGAUCAAGAAAGUGGUGGCCUUAGCGGGCGAUCUCUACACCGAAGGCUUAGGGCUAAAACCCCAAGACUUGGACGCGCUGGCAAAGAACGUCUCUGUGGUAUUUCACAUGGCGGCCACCCUGAAACUAGAGGCCAACCUGAGGGACGCUGUGGAGCAAAACACCGCGGGCACCGCCACUGUUCUGGACGUGGCCAAAAAAAUCAAGAACUUGGUGGCGUUUUGCCACUUUAGCACUGCCUACUGCUCGGCGGAUAUUGAAGUUUUCGAGGAACGGGUGUACGAAUGCAAAGACAAUCCAAGAGAAGUGAUCGAAAUAGUGCGCUGGAUCGAUCCAGGAGCCCUGGAACUGGCCACGAAGAAAAUCAUCGAACCCCACCCGAACACCUACACUUACAGCAAGCGAUUGGCUGAGAUCCUGGUGGCCAAUGAGAAGGACAACAUGCCAGUUUGCAUCAUUCGACCGGCUGUUGUGUGCCCCGCUGCUCUCGAGCCCCUGACUGGCUGGGUGGACAGUCUGAAUGGGCCAAUGGGGCUUUUAGUGGCAGCUGGCAAAGGCGUGCUAAGAUCCAUGCAUUGUCUGUCGUCCAACAAGGCCCAAGUUAUUCCGGUGGAUUUCGCCAUCAAUGCCAGCAUUGUAAUCGCGUACAAGCUGGGGAGCCAAAAAAGGCAAAAAGACGUGCCAGUCUACAACCUGACUCAGGACGGCGUGAUCCAGAUAACCAUGGGCGAAGUCUUGGAUAAAGGGCGCAACAUUGUCUACGCAAAUCCGUUCGAGAUGCAAGUUUGGUAUCCAGACGGGGACAUCAGAUCGUCGAAGAUAAUGCACACAAUUUGCUGCAUUUUCAUGCACUGGCUGCCCGCCCUGCUAAUCGACUUCAUCAUGCUUUUAAUCCGACAAAAACGUUUCAUGAUUCGCGUCCAGAAGAAAAUCCACCAGGGCCUAGAACUGCUGCAAUUUUUCACCGUCCGGGAAUGGAACUUUGCCAGCGACAAAUUCUUAGCGCUUUGGGAUGAGAUGGGUGAGACGGAUAAGAAGAUUUUCCCUAUGGACUUUAACGCGUUGCCCAUCGAAGCCUACUUGGAAAACUGUGUUCUAGGAGCGCGCCAAUACUGCAUGAAAGAGCCCUUAACUUCACUGCCACGGUGCAGGCUGCAGCAAAAAGUAUUAUACGUGCUACACAAGCUCUUCGUCUGCUUCCUCUACUACUACGCCUUCUAUCUGCUCAGCCUCUGGAUUCCGCCAGUGCGGAUCAUCUACAAUCUGCUCUGGCAAGUGAUCGGCAGCCUUCCACUCAUUGGGCUCUUGGUGGCCCAAAAAUAGCUUCACACUUGCAAAUAAACUCAGUUUUAUGCGUUAUAUUAAUGGACGAAAUUUUGACUUUUGCUCAAUAGGGUGUAUGUAUUUUAGGCAGGUUUGGCUGUUUUAGUGGAGUUGAUUGGACUUUAAAUAUAUUUUUUGAAUUUUUUUUUAACCA